AUGGCAAACUCCGCCCCGGAUAUUGAGGGGUCUCCCCAGGCGUCCCUCGUCACGGCUACCCACCAUGGCGACUUCACCCCCGCCGUCUAUCGACCCGGGUCCAAGGAUGAAAAGUCUAUUGGAUUCACAAAACAGGGAGCUGUGGUCGACGACGGUGAGGAAUCUAUCGGCGAAGAUCCAACUAAGCCCGUCUAUGAUCAUACCCGCCGUACCCUCAAGCCCAGACACAUUCAGUUGAUUGGAAUCGGCGGAACUGUGGGCACGGCCUUGUAUGUACAAAUCGGUCAAACGCUACUUAAAGGUGGCCCCGGUAGUCUGUUCAUUGCUUUUUCUCUCUGGUGA